AUGUCUCAUAAACUUAUAGCUUUUCCCAGGCUAAAUUAUAUUUCCAAUUUUAAUUUUUUUUAUAAGAAUACUACAAAGAAUUUAAUACUAGAUCAAAAUUUUAUUGGGAACCUAUAUUUAACAUCAACAUGUCGGAAACUUAUGACUGCACCAAGUAAUAGAAAUAUUAUGACUACUUCAAGCAAUCUAAAAGAAAGUGAUUCAGGCUCAAUCUUGGAAAACGUCGCUACAAAAGUUUUAAAUUGUCAAGAACCAGAAUCAAAACUGUCACAGAAGAUCGAUACCAACAAAGAGAGUAGUAAAAAGAUUGAAAGCACACACAUUCCCUUUAAAGUUGUUCCAAAAGAGCUUAAUAAAUCAUCUCCCGUAACUGCAACAUCUAGUUGUAAGACUAAGACUAACUUGCGUUCAAUAAUUCAACCAUAUGUCAAAUUGACCAAGCCAAAUUUGACUAUUUUAGUGACGCUAAGUUCGAUUUGUUCAUAUGCCAUUUCUCCUUACACAGUUUCUUUACCAGAGCUUUUGUUCCUUACUAUGGGUACUGCUUUGUGUUCUGGAGCUGCAAACGCUAUAAAUAUGGGCAGAGAACCAGAAUUUGAUAAAAAAAUGCCCAGAACCGUGGGGAGACCUGUUGUACGCGGAUUGAUAAGUCCUAAACAAGCCUAUCAAUUUGCUGGGAUCACUGGCUCCUUAGGAUGUACUAUGUUAUUUCUUGGUGUGAAUCCUACAGUUUCCUUUCUAGGCUUUCUAAAUAUUGUGUUGUAUUCUUGGAUUUAUACAUCAUUGAAAAGAAAAUCUAUUAUCAAUACUUGGGUAGGUGCCAUCGUUGGUGCGAUCCCACCCUUGAUGGGUUGGGCAGCGUCAUCUCCUUUAGAUCACCCUGGUGCUUGGUGUCUAGCAGGCUUGCUAUAUGCCUGGCAAUUUCCUCAUUUCAAUGCGUUGUCUCAUAAUAUUGCAGAUCAAUAUAAAGGUGCAGGAUAUGUUAUGACUGCUGCUGAAAACCCGAAGUUAAAUGCAAGAGUUGCGUUACGAUAUUCCUUAUUAAUGUUCCCAUUAUGCUUUGGCUUGAGUUAUUUUGGGAUUACUGAUUGGGUUUUCCAAUUUGAUUCAGCAAUAGCCAAUUCUUGGUUAACUUACUUGGCUUAUAAAUUUUGGAUGCAGAUUAAACAAAAUUAUACUGGUCAAAAGCCAACUGCUAAUGGAAUAGCGAUGGCUAAUAUUCACGCUAAGAAGUUAUUUUGGGGAUCGGUAUGGCAUUUGCCAGCCGUUUUGAUUUUGGCAAUGUUACAUAAAAAGGGACAAUGGGAUAGGUUGUUGAUUUAUUCAGGUUUAAAAUCUCAAGAUGGCCAUAAAUCACAAUCUUCCAAUAAUAUUGGAUUAAUAUAA